CAAAACAUUCGAAGUGGUAAGCUUGCAUUGAACACAUUAAGUAACCGAAUCGCGAGGCCAAACUGUAAACCAAGUAUGUUACAACUAAAACAUUUGGCACUUUACUGCGGAUUUCUGGCAAUAUUAGCCUGCCAGUUGGCAGCUCAGGAGGAACCCGUAACCACCACUGUGUGUCCGAAUAGUGAUGAUGAUGGUCCAGAUCGCGAUGGCGAUCUGUGUGAGAAUUUUCAAUUAAUACGCGAUCUCAUCGAUCCGGAAGUGUUGGCGAAUUUGAUACAGUCGCACUAUCAAUGCGACUCCAAGUUCCGCAAAGCUUUGUGCUACUAUAACACGUCACGUUUCCAUUUGGUCAUCGAGCAGCUGCAGCAGAGCGAAGCCUAUGCCACGCUGCUCGAUGAGUUGCGCACUGCGGGCGUGAAUACUUCGGCUAUUGAUAAAAUUGCCGACAUCUUUGAUUGCAUUGUGCUGCCCCUGAACACGACGACGAUCGAGAAAUGCGAUUGCAGAGCGGUGCGUGGUCACUCGUUCAUCGGCGAUGUCUUGGCCGCGAUGCCGCAUCAGCAAGUGAGCGAUUAUUCGUACACCUCCAGCGUGAGGAACACGAACUUUGGCAUCUUCAGGGAAACUAUCACCUCGCCCCAAUUCCAGGCCAAACUGCGCAGCAAUUUGCUGAAACGCGAUGUGGUUCGUGCCCUGCGUGUGCUGCGACGCAAUGGCUGGGAUUUGCCAGAGUUGCUCCGGGGCACCAUGUCCAUGUUGUCCUGGUGACCACAGCAUGAUGACUAACAUGCAAAUAAUGUAUACAAAAUAUAUCAGAAUGUCUAUUAAAAUUGUCAAUUGGUUUGUUGUCGUGUCGUAAA